UACGUGUUCCAUCUUAAACCAAAACUUUUACCUAACAUUGGUGUUGAUUUAUGCUAUAAAACCCAUUCCCCAUCCUCAAAUUUUUAAUACAAAAAAAAAACUUCUUGCUCUCUUAAUACUCCAUAUACAAAUAUGUCUACUGAGAUUGUUGUUAUGGUUUAUUGGAAUGGCUCUACAUUUAAAAAAGAUAAUGAAAUAGAGUACUCCAUACCUCCUAGGGCGGUACUAUUCAUUAGUGAAGACGAUGAUUUUACCAGUAUACACGAGACUGUUCUAAACCGUGUUACAGGUGGAUCGUCCCCAAGUCAUACAAGAAUGCCCCAAGACACUGUGUACUCUUGUACCGGGACCUUUUUGAUCGCAUGAGUGAGAGUCAGUUUGACUUCUUUCCCUACCCGUUCAACCCACUCCCACAUAUUUGCGUUGAUGACAUCCAGCUUUGGGCAUACGAGGGGAUGCUCAUAUUUUGCAAUAUGGCUGAAAGGCAUUACCCUGAUCGAUUUCUUCGGCAGUACUAUAUAAUGCAAGAUAUUCCACAAGACGCUAAGCAGGGUAAUGAUCAUCACACUAGUUGUUCCGCCAUAUCAACAUCUGUCUUGACAAUGUGGGCGAACCGACGGAAUAGUGUAUACCUGCUGGAUUACGAACAACAAAGAAUACUCACAACGACUGAUAGGUACCGAAAAUGGUACUUGCGGCAUGGGAUGAUACGUGUCGGGAACCCUUCUCACGUUGCGCCGACGACAGGAUACACCCCGACAGCACGUGAUUGGGGUCUUAUGAAGCACGGCUUUCACGAUGUGUAUGAGCUCGCCAACCAGGCGGCGGGUGAUGAAAACAAUAAAGAACGGCUUGAGCGGUUGGCCAUGGAUGUAGGUGAUGAAAUGAUGCUCCACCAGGGUGUUUUCCUUUACCCGAAUGCACAAGAUGAGCCCGCUCCCGUCCCUCGUCAUACGCCUGAUCGACGAAGAUAUGCUCCCACCCGUGAUCAUACACAUGGUCACGUUGAUGAAGAUAGAGAUGAAUAUGUUGGUGACGGUGGAAACGAGGAAGAGGGUGAUGCAGCUGAAUAUGAAGGUGGGGGUGAGGAAUCACAACCGCCCCCUCAAUUCUCUUCGCAUCAAGAUUUCACAAUUUUUGAACCACCGACGUAUUAUAUAUGGUUCUUAUCAGUACUCUACACAGUCAGAUGCAUAUUUUUCCACUUUUGAAGACACACCGGGGUUUUGGAACACUGGCGGCGGUGACAUGCCAGGGCCGAGCAAGCAACGUUAGAUGUAAUAUUAAAUUUAUUAUUGUAUGCACGUAAUAUCUAUUUAUUAAUAAAUUACAUUAAAAACUAUAUUUGUUUUGUUCAC